CAAAAUCUUUUUCUCUUCUCUUAUAAACCUUCACUUCUCUGCUUUUAAUUCACCAUUUUAACUACAAACAUACAUACACACAUUUGGAUUUGUUCCAAGCAUCUUUGACGCUCGCUCUCUCCCUCUCUCCUUCCAUGUUGGCUUCAAAUUUCGGUGUUUUCGUAUCCGAUUCUUAUUCCGAUUAGAUUUUGUUAUCAUACCCAGAUUCUAUACAUCCGUCUUGUUUCUUCUUUUUACCAUCUUUUGGCCUUUAUUUGCCAAUUUUUUUGUCUAUAGAUUCUUUAAGGGUGUUAAGAGAGCGAGCGGGUAGUCAGGAUUUGAUCAGUGCUAAUCUAAUCGAUGGCUGCAGCAGAGAACAGUGGCAAAUCCAAAAAGGUUGUUGAUGAAACAGCAGAGAUGAUGGCUGCGAGCCAGGAUUGGGAUACUGAUAAAGGUAAGGAUGUUGAUUUUAGUACUAGUUUCGAGAGGCGUCAGCAAUGGAGGCCCGUUUUAGAAGAAGCUUCCAUGUCACAGAGACCUCUCAAGAAGAUCCGUAGCCCUGAACGUUUGCAAUCUUCAUCUUCUUUUACACAUCAGUCACAGUCAUCUUCAUUUUAUGUUUCUCCAAGUUCAGCUUCUUUACCGUCUUCUUUGUCUUUGCCAUCUUCAAGAAUUUUUCCUUUUGCUUUUGAUUCUUCUCAACAGUUAACAACAUCACCAGCUCCUCUGCCUCUUUUUCGACCUUCGAUACAACCGACACAAAACCAGCAACAAAUGAUCUCUUUUAGUCCUAAUCAACCACAGCAUAGCUUUAACUAUUCUCCCUUUUUCACUGGAGAAUCAGCGUUGGCUUAUCAGCAACAGCAGCAACAACUUCUUCAGUAUUGCGAAGCAUUGAAUUUAAGUCCUAGAGGAAGAAUGAUGAUGAUGAAUAGGUUGGGACCAGAUGGGAGGCCAUUGUUAAGGCCUCAAGUUCAGCCUUUUAACGCUACAAAGCUUUACAGGGGAGUGAGACAGAGACAUUGGGGCAAAUGGGUAGCCGAGAUUCGUCUACCUCGAAAUAGGAAUCGCCUUUGGCUUGGAACAUUUGACACGGCUGAAGAUGCCGCCUUAGCCUAUGACCGCGAGGCCUAUAAAUUGAGAGGAGAGAAUGCUAGGCUGAAUUUCCCUGAAUUGUUUCUGAACAAGGAUAAAGCAACCUCCACAUCCCCUGCUUCAAAUGAUUGUUCUUCACCAACUACUCAUGAAAGUUCAACCUCAAGUUCAGUGCCAAGUCAAUUCCUAAGCCACUCUCAACAAGCUCAGGAAGGCCUAAAUUUGCAGGUUAUGAGCAGAGAACCGCUGCCGCCGCCGCCGCCACCACCACUGCCUCAAGGAGACAAUCCUGACAGUGAUUCAGGAUUAGGGUCAAACGAGGCUACAGCGAGUGAAGAGGUGCAAGCAGUUGCUGAGGGCUCUGGCUCAGGAGAAGGCGUUUCUGGCUCACAAGAAUUAGUAUGGGGAGAAAUGGCUGAGGCUUGGCUCAAUGCGAUUCCAGCAGGCUGGGGACCAGGUAGUCCUGUUUGGGAUGAUUUGGACGCCUCUAACAAUCUUCUGAUGCCUUCAAACCUUCCUUAUAUCAAUCAAAACCAGCAUGAAUUUAAUCAACCUGAUCAUCAGAAGCAACAGGACAAUUUGGGUUCUGCUUCUUCUUCAUCUUCUUUUCCCAUGAAGCCCUUCUUCCGGAAGGAUCAAGAUUCAUAGGUCACCCACAAAAAUCAUCUUUGAAAAUAGUUUACCAAAGCAGUUUGUCUCUUCUUCUCCUUUUCUCUCUAUCUUGUCACUUUUUUGGACCACUCCUAGAUUUUUCUCGCCGUUUGCGUAUUAUUUCAGGAAACCAUCAUGUGACUUUCACCUUAUUUCCGCAUUUUACUGUGCUUAGAAAAGUUUUAAUUCUCUUCAUCUUCCACUCACUGGUUGCUGAUUUUUCACAAAACAACCAGUGAUUUACUUUUUCUUAUUCACUCAUAUUUCUCUCCAGUGGUUUAGGGAUGGAUUCUUCUUCCUAUUAGAUUCUCCCUCCACUUCCACUUGAAUUGGUGCGAAAAAAGGCUGCAUAUUUCAGGCCUUUUUGGUAGAAGUAAUAAUGUAGUUGAUCCUUUAUGUAUCAUGUAUUUUGUCCCUAGUGGUAGUAGUAUCUUACAUGUCUCUAUCCAGAUUCAUUCUCAACCAUGGUUUCGGUUUUGUCUCUCAACCUUUGGGGAUGAAAUUGUAGUGAUUUAUAGUGCAAGACCAGCAUAGAAGGAGACAGUUUUGUGAUCUCCUCAUUGGUCCAUCCACCUCGAGCUCCUUAUUUUGCUGCUCGGUGGAUCAAAUCACUAUGUAAUCUUGUACACUGUAUGUCUAUUUUAUUUUUAUAGACAGUGGUAGUUGCAAUGAUAUAAUUUUCAUUCAUCA